AUGAGGAUCGGCUCGUUGUCAUUGAGCAGCAUCUGCCUGCUAGUCGUGUACAUGCUGAGCGUGGUGUGUGCAGGACGUGAUUUCUAUAAAAUUCUGGGUGUGUCACGAACAGCUAGUAUAAAGGAUAUAAAGAAGGCCUAUCGCAAGCUAGCUUUGCAGUUGCAUCCAGAUAGAAAUCCAGACGACCCCCAAGCACAAGAAAAAUUUCAAGACUUAGGUGCUGCUUAUGAGGUACUUUCUGAUGAAGAAAAGAGAAAGCAGUAUGAUGCAUAUGGAGAAGAAGGACUUAAAGAUGGCCAUCACAGUUCUCAUGGUGAUAUAUUCUCACACUUCUUUGGAGACUUUGGAUUCAUGUUUGGUGGCAAUCCACGGCAACAGGACAGAAAUGUUCCACGAGGCAGCGAUAUAAUCAUUGAUCUUGAAGUGACACUGGAAGAAGUAUACUCUGGAAAUUUUGUAGAGGUUGUAAGAAAUAAGCCUGUAGCACGACAAGCACCUGGAAAACGUAAAUGCAAUUGCCGGCAAGAAAUGAGAACUACACAACUUGGACCAGGACGUUUUCAGAUGACUCAAGAAGUUGUUUGUGAUGAAUGUCCAAAUGUCAAACUUGUAAAUGAAGAAAGAACUUUAGAAGUGGAGAUUGAGCCUGGCGUUCGUGAUGGCAUGGAAUAUCCUUUCAUUGGAGAAGGUGAGCCACACAUUGAUGGAGAGCCAGGUGACUUGCGUUUUCGAAUCAAAGUUCUCAAGCACCCUAUAUUUGAAAGAAGAGGUGAUGACCUAUACACAAAUGUUACCAUUUCUUUAGUAGAAGCACUUGUUGGUUUUGAAAUGGACAUUACUCAUUUAGAUGGCCAUAAAGUUCACGUAAUGCGUGAUAAAAUUACUAAACCUGGAGCAAAACUUUGGAAAAAGGGAGAAGGCCUGCCAAAUUUCGACAACAAUAACAUCAAAGGUUCUCUGAUUAUCACUUUUGAUGUUGACUUUCCCAAAGAGCAACUAACAGAAGAACAGAAAAAUGGUGUGAAACAGCUUUUGAAGCAUGGAUCAGUACAAAAAGUUUAUAAUGGACUUCAAGGAUAUUAA